AUGGCAGAUCAUUACCCAAAAGAGACCAAGGAGAGUCAGAGUCCCACCAAGGUAGGAGAGGAAGGUCAAGGUUGUGGGAUGUUUGAUUUCUUGAAGAAGAAGGAAAAUGAGAAGCCCCACCAGGAGCAGGAGCAACAUAAGCACACUCUUGCCGAAAAGCUCCACCACCAUGGUGGCGACUCUAGCUCGUCCAGCAGUGACGAAGAAGGUGGAGAGAAGAAGAAGGGACUGAAGGGCAAGAUCAAGGAGAAGAAAUCAGGCAAAAAUGAAGAGGGAGAUGCUUACCACUCAUCAGUUCCAGUCGAGAAAACCCAUGAUAUCAAAAAUGGAGCACCGCAUGCAGAUGAUAAGAAGGGCUUUAUAGAGAAAAUCAAAGAAAAGCUUCCUGGACAACACAAGGAGGCUGAACAUGGUGCUCAAGCAGAGUAUCAUGCUGUGGAUGGCCAUUCCCAUGAAGCUGAGCCUAAAAAGGGAAUCUUGGAGAAGAUCAAAGACAAGCUCCCUGGAGGUCACAAGAAUGAAGAGGAGAAGCCAAAGGAGUAUUAG